AUGGGUACUUCCGGCGCUUGGAUCCUGCGAAUCGAUAGUGCAGGCAUUUUUAUGAACGUAAUUGCAGAUAGAACAAGGUCAAAAACAAACAAAUUAACAUCAAACAUGAGCAAAAAUGAUUGUAAUACACAGUCGAAACAAGAGACUACUGCAAUUGAGGAUGAACGUGGAUAUAUUGAUAAAUCCACAACCACUUUAUUUCGGACAACAUCGAUCUUAGAUGAGAAUAAAAUACGAUCAGAUGAUAAAGUUACGUUAACCUCAGUUUUAAGUAAGCAACACAUACCAAAUGUAUUAGAGAGAAUUCAGGAUUUUCAUGGUACAAAGCAAGAAGAUGUGGUAGCAUGGAUCGACCAACUGGAAGUUGCACUACAUUUAACUGACCAUGCACAAGGUAAAUGGAGUAAAUUAGCUGCAUGGCAUUUAAAGGGUGAAGCAUUAAGUUGGUAUAUUAAGAACAAAAACCACAUAUCGCGAUAUCUACAUUGUUUAUCGAGAUGA